AUGGAUAGUUGGGGAAAAAACCAAGUGGGUCACCGGAGAUACUCAUCUUAUAACGAUAACAGGUUCACAACAGUACCAUUAUGGGAAAAGCAAUUUUGUACUACUGUUGGCGCAGUUCCAUGGCGAAGGCUAUUAGAAGGCAAGAGAUAUAUGGAGUCGCAUUCCGAUGUGAUGAAGUGGGAUGACUCUGCCGCCAAACAGGCUUUUCACGAUGCAAAAAACAGGUUUUGGGCUGAGAUCAACUGCUUUCGCUGCGACAUUCCAUUGCCUGAUCCAGACAUGUACAUUGAUGAAGUAGAUUGGGAUGCAAGUGUUGAUCCUGAACUCUAUCUGGAUUUGGAUAGAGAAGAAGAGGCCAGAGAUAGAAUAAUAGAAAAGAGCCAGGAGGAGACUGUGACUGUCGACAAUUAUCUUGGUAAUUGGGAACUCACACCUACUGGAUGGGGUGACAAUGACGAAGAAGUAACAAAGCCUCAAGAACAAAAUUAUGGUGCGGAGGGAUGGGGAUCAAACAACCAUGAAAAUAACGAAACAAACUUUUGGGAACAAGAUGAUUCUCAAAGGUGGAUUCCUCAGGAACAGUAUGGUGGUGAGCUGCAUGACAAGUAUCAAGCACGAAAUGUCGGGAAAAGAAGGAGAGCAAAUAAUAUAUCAUGGUCUAAGAACCAUGCAUAUCAGUAUGCUAAUAGAGGAAGAAGAAAUGGAGGAAGACGAGGAGGAGGUAAAGGAAGGAAGGGAAACUAUACUUAA